GUUGCCGUGCCAGUCUUACUCUUACUCUUGUGUCAGACGGUUGCUGCCCAAGUUUAGUCGGAAAGGGGACCUCAUUGUCUUCCUCGUGAGUCAAUACAUUUCCCCGGCCAACUAAUUGGGUUAGCUCAUUGGAAAACGGAAAAGACUCGCUUCCUUCCGUUAUCGUUAAAGGCAGUACGUGGUUCCUAUUCUAAUCUCCCUAUCAAAUUACAUAUCGGAAUUGCGAUUCGUGAAAUCUUUCAACUAAUUACGUCAGCCAGACUGAAGAACAGAAAUAUCUGUAUAUACACUCUAACGCCAGGCAUUUAGAAGCAAUACGCCACAUCAAUUAAAAAUGGUUAACGAAUACACCGGGCCGCCAGCCCAAGAAUUGGAAACAUUCCUACCUAAAGAUGCGAAAAACGGAACAUCAAAAUACCAGAUCACUCCAGCAAAAACUGAUGUGGAAACUGCCUUAGUAGCAUUUGAUCCGUUUAAGGAGCGAAAAUGUGAUCAUCCUACAACCGAUGGCGAAACUUUAACGCAUUUACUGAAGGCAUCGUUAGGUACUGGAAUCUUGGCUAUGCCAAUUGCUUUCAGCUAUGCUGGUCUUGUAGGAGGUAUUCUGGCUACGAUUCUAACAGCAAUAGUUUGCACUCACUGUGCUUACGUUUUGGUAAAAUGCGCACAUACAAUGUACCACAGAACGAGAAAAACGGCCAUGUCUUUUGCAGAAGUAGCAGAAGUUGCACUGGAUAACGGUCCACAAUGGGGCCGAAAACUAGGACCAUUUAUUCGUUCCUGUAUCACAUACGGUCUUUUCAUAACCUAUUUUGGAACAUGUUCAGUGUACACUGUUAUCAUUGCAACAAAUUUCGAACAGGUCAUCGAACACUACACUGGCACUGAUAUAAGCUUGCGCGUCAUGAUUGCACUUCUGCUAAUCCCAUUGAUUCUCCUGUCGUGGAUUCCUAACUUGAAGUACCUGGCUCCAGUUUCGAUGAUUGCAAACGUAUUCAUGUGCGCAGGUUUGGGAAUUACUUUCUACUAUUUGGUGACGGAUAUGCCACCUCUAACCGAGCGCCCAAUGUACGUAUCUGUGUUAAGUUGGCCUUCCUUCUUCGCAAUUGUAAUUUUUGCCAUGGAGGCGAUUGGUGUUGUAAUGCCAUUGGAAAACCAAAUGAAAACACCACAAAACUUCAUCGGACUCUGUGGAGUGUUAAAUCAAGGCAUGGGUGGAGUUACCCUAAUAUACAUUCUCUUGGGAUUCCUGGGAUACGUACGCUAUGGCGAUGCAGCGCAAGGAAGCAUUACUCUUAAUCUGCCUGUAGAAGAAAUUCCAGCACAAGCUGUAAAGAUUCUCAUUGCUCUUGCUGUAUACUGCACAUUUGGACUUCAAUUUUACGUCUGCCUAGAUAUUGCAUGGGUCGGUAUGAAGGACAAAUUCCAGAAGAGGCCUACGCUGGUCAACUAUACAAUGAGGACUAUCCUGGUUACAGCAUCAGUACUGCUUGCCGUUGCUGUGCCAACAAUUGGACCAUUCAUUGGAUUAAUUGGAGCAUUCUGUUUCUCGAUUCUUGGUUUACUCAUUCCCAUUUUGAUAGAAACUGUAACCUAUUGGGAUCAAGGUUUUGGAAAAUUCAACUGGAUUAUUUGGAAGAAUGUGAUCGUAUGCUUCUUUGGUGCCGUGGCCUUGAUAUUUGGAUCAAAAAGUUCAAUCGAAGAUAUCCUCAAACUAUACUUUUAAGACAAUCUUUAGAUUUCAACUGAAACCACUGCAUUAUCCAUAUGAAGUACUGUGGGGCACAAAAUCCGUUCGACAAUGAUUGUACUAAUGCUUACAUGUACUUAUAUGUAUGAGACUUUUUCGAUAAACUCAAUGGUAGGAUCCAGACCUAUCAUUUGAUAAGUACUAAAAAGCAUGGUGUUUUACUAAAGAUCUUUUAAAUACCUAACGUGCAUUGCAUAAUUGUGAUACAAAUCGAGAAAGUGCCUAUUUUAAUUCGGUAGUGCUAGUUUUUUAAAAACAGCAUAGAAUAAAAUGGUAUCUCUAAAUCUUGAAAAAAAAAGUAUAUCUAAGGGUUUUGAACUGAUUCAAAAAGAUAAUGUCAUCUUGCUGAACCCACCAACUAAUGUCCGCAGCAAUAGUAUGCAAUUAGCAAGCAAAAGAUCAUCGAAAACAUAAUUUACCGUGUAUCGUUGUAGUUAUUGAAAAAAUUCUUUUUAUAAAAGAAAUGACUUGAUUUCUAUAAAUUGCCAACCUUCAGCAAUCUACAACGUAAAUGCAUACCGGUUAUAUGCAACACAAUUAAUCUGAUGUGCGAAAACAGAAUUCAAAUAGAAUUGUAUUAUUUACUCUCAUAAUAUAGCACUGUAGUAAUUUAGAAUCUUUUUUUUUGCGUCAUGUAGUUUUUGAAAACAGCUCGCUGGAAUUCAGAGUAAAAAGAAAUUUGAAACUGAACUUAA